AUGCCUACUAUCCAGGUGUCGCCAGAUGCAGAUGAGCUGCUACAGAGUGUCGCCAAUGGAAUCUUGAAGUCGAGGAAGAUUAUUGUUGUGACUGGCGCCGGCAUCAGUACCAACUCUGGAAUCCCCGACUUCCGAUCCGAAAAUGGCCUAUACGCACUCAUCCAAGCGCAGUUCGACGCUGCGAACAAAGAUCCCAAGUCCCCAACUGCCUUGACACGAUCAAACUCUAGCACCUCCGUUGGUUUGACGGAGUCGCACGAGGAUGGCCCUCCAACGAAGAGACGCAAGCUUGAGCAAACCGACGAUACUAUGCGGCAAGCCUCGCCUGGCGCUGCUUCCUCGCAAACGCAGGAUGAUCAAGUUGAAUGCUUGAGGAAUGGAGAUUAUGUCAAAAUUGAAAGCCUACAUGCUGAGGAGCCCAUGCCCCGUCAAAUGACUGAAGAUCAUGGGUGCGCGCGGCGAGACCAAAGGGAAGAUGCAGAUCAGGCCACGGGGGAUAAGCCUAGGCCGACCACUAUCAGUGGUGCCGUAUCUGAUUUCAUGACCGAAACCCUGCGCUUUCCGACCACCAAUCUGGGCAUGACGGGGCCAUCACGGGCGAAGCGCCAUCGACAGUCACGCCGUCGUAGCAGCUGGGGGCAUUCCUCGACAUCAGCCAGCUUUUUAUUGACAGCAACAUCGCCGAAACCAGACCAGCACCCGCGGACGUUGCAUAUCGCGCCAGCCCUUCAGACGAGCAGCACGAGGGCAGCAUCGCUCUCACCUCCCUUGAAGCCUCACUACGACGUCGACUGUGGGCGUUCAGAAGUACGGAAUGCAGCACGGACAAGAAGGGUGUCUAUGUCAUCCUUGACGCACCCGCUUGAUGAUGAAAUUCUGCAAUGGGCCUGGCAAAUGCAAGAUCAACCCGAGUGCCCGUCCAAGGACAAUCCGAGUAACGAGCAGCCCCAAGAUUCAUCACCCCGAUUGCCAAGACUCCCGCCGUCUUUGCUCUCCUCUAUACUCCCGGUCUCGCGCUCAACACCAAAGCAAAUGCACCUGCCCUUUACGUCUUCACCUUUGUCAUCUCCUUUGGCAAGUAGUCAAAGACCCAGAUCUUUCCUUGCCAGGAGGAAGGCCAGCGAGGUUCACACGCCUUCACGCUUGGUACAAAUACCAAUGGCACAUGAUUCUUCGCCUCUUUCGUCGCCCCCCCCAGUUCUUUUUGACCCAUUCAAUCAGGUGUCUUCGUCGACAAGCCAGCAAAGCUUAAGCGCAGCUGGUAGCACGACUUGCUCAGAGACUGACGAGACGCCACCAUCAUCCCGUCCAUCCUUGAUAUCUCAAACCUCGAAUCCCGUACGAUCUACUCUCCCCAACAUCAAAGGGCGAGAUCUUUUCGAUAUUUCUAUUUGGUCAGAUCCAUUGAGGACCUCGGUGUUUUAUACUUUUGCCACGACCCUCCGACAAAAGGCUCGCGAUGUGCAGCCCACUGCAUCGCACCUCUUCAUUAGCCAUCUCCGUGAUCGCGGUAAACUCGUCCGAUGCUACACUCAGAAUAUCGAUCAGAUUGAAGAGAAGGUUGGACUUUCCACGUCCCUCCAGCAGGGCCCAGGGAGCCGCGGUCGAUUCUCGCGUAAAUCUGCAGGCGGUUUCUCAGCACCGAGCUCGCAAGGUGGAGAGGGCGAGGCGAACGAAUCAAUCGUCAAACGAGACGCUGCCAACGGUGGAGUCGAGUGCGUAUUCCUCCACGGAUCUUUGCAGUCUCUUCGGUGCUUUCUCUGUGGCCGCAUUUGUGAGUGGGAUGAGGGCGGACGAUCUGUCGAGACGCUAUCCGGAAGACAGCCUGAGUGCCCACACUGCGUUGGGGCCACAGUUGCCCGAGAGGAAAGGGGCAAAAGGGCUCUCGGUGUGGGCAAGCUCCGACCUGACAUUGUUCUUUAUGGCGAAGAGCACCCCAACGCGCACCUGAUCGACCCCCUCGUCAAGCAUGACCUCGCCCUUUAUCCGGAUUCCUUGCUGAUUCUCGGCACGUCGCUCAAGGUACAUGGUCUGAAGGUUCUCGUCCGCGAGUUCGCAAAAACGGUACACAGCAAGGGAGGCAAGGUCAUAUUUGUCAAUUUCACCAAGCCGUCGGAGAGCUCUUGGGGUGACAUUAUCGACUAUUGGAUCCAGUGGGACUGCGAUGCCUGGGUAUCCAAUCUUCAAGAAAGAGUCCCUUUGUUGUGGCUGCCGCCAGGAACCAAGCUUCCGGUGCCUGGCAAGAAAAAACGCGAGAGUUCCGGUGAGACCAAGGCUGCAAAGGGGCGGUCUAGCGGCGAUGCUGGCAAACCAGUAGACACAGGCAAUCCAAUCAUACCUGACACGAAAGACAUGGACGAGGACUCUCAUCAUGAUCCUCUUGGCCACCUGGAACAGACCUCCAAGACAGCUGCGCCACGACGACCGCAAGUCAUGCGAGAAGAUAAACACAAUGCGGCAUUCUUGACUUGGCAGAUAGCAAGGGACCUUCGAAAGAUUACUGGUGACGAGUCACCCUUGGUAUCUUUCACUUCAUUACAAAGAGACGCGCGGCUGGCUCGCUUUAGCGGAUCGACUCCCUCAUCUCCGACACCAGUGGUACCUGAGUGCUCUUUGAGAACGCCCGUGCCGAACCCGACAAGAACAGCGGGUUCGCACAGACCCUCGUUGCCGUCGUCAGCAUCAUGUUCUGUGUUGCCCUCGGCUACCAUCCUGUCCCGAACGCCUCUGCCCACUGAACCUCUACCAACACUGGCGACAGCGAGGCGGGCAUUAGAUGAUCAUCAAGAAGCAAAGGCCGGGCAACCACCGGAGCCCGAGUCGUCCGUGGCGACGAAGAAACGCAGAAGAGACUCACGCCGUACCCAAAAGGCGCCGUCUGCGGGUGCUGAAGCGAAUGUUUCUGCGAGAGCUAUGAAAAAGAGAGCAGGCGCCAGAAAGCAAGGGCCCGGUUGGAUUUAUGUCUCGGAAGAAGAUAUUCAACUUGGAGAGCCUGUGGUUCAGGCAGUCGGGCAAGGUCUGGUUGUAGAAGCUGGUAUUGAACACGACUUAUCGGCAACCAUUGGCGCAGCCAUCAAGGCCAAUCCACGCAAACGGAAGCGCAAGAUGAUCGAUGGCGAGGAGGUUAUCCUUCCUGGUUCUGUCCGACGUACUGUCCCGUCGACGCCUCGAACGAUCCCGUCCAAGGGCAUCAGCAGGCCACCUCUUACGGACACAUCCACCCCUCUGGCUCUACCCUUGCCAUUGACUCCAGCUGCAGCAUCGCCGCCUAGGCUUCAGAGCGCCAUGGGUAUUUCACCCAACAUCGUCUCGGACCUUCGGCGAGUCUCCAUGGACACGAUGGAGCUGGCGCCGAUCUACACUCCCGCUGACCAACAUCAUCAGGGGCCAGUUCAGAUGCCUUUGACACCUGCAAGACUAGUCCCAUUGGAGCCACGUUCCCCGCCGUCGGGACCUCUGAGCAGGAUAUCGCCUAACAUGGGGCCCUUUCAGUUGAAUCCUUUUAAGUACUUCGAUUCUCUUGUUUUAAAACUUCGUCAGCCACCCGCAUGGAUGGGGUGGACACCGGGCCCCGAGGAACAGCUGAAGAGCGAGACUGACGCUGCCCUUGCGUUGGGUCAAAUGAGAAUGGGCUCAUAG